AUGAGCUCCUAUUUGAUCAACUCCAACUAUGUGGACCCGAAGUUCCCACCGUGCGAGGAGUACUCACAGAGCGACUAUCUGCCCAGCCACUCUCCGGACUAUUACAGCUCCCAGAGGCAGGAGGCUGCUGCCUUCCAGUCGGACUCUCUCUACCACCACCAUCAACAACACCACCCACAGCACCAGAGCCACCACCACCAGCGCGCCGAGCCGCCCUACACGCAGUGCCAGGGUCCGGGGCAGCCCGCCUCGGUGGUGAUGUCCCCUCGAGGUCACGUCCUCCCCCCGGUCGGGCUGCAGACCACCCCCGUCCCGGAGCUGAGCCACCGCUGCGAGUCGGUGACACCCAGCCCGCCUCCGCCCGCGUCUUGCGGCCAAACGCCCCACAGCCAAAGCACUUCGUCCCCUACGAGCACUCGCAAGGACCCCGUCGUGUACCCGUGGAUGAAGAAAGUCCAUGUAAACAUCGUGACUUCAAACUACACAGGGGGUGAGCCGAAGCGCUCGCGGACAGCCUACACGCGCCAGCAGGUCCUGGAGCUCGAGAAGGAGUUCCACUACAACCGGUACCUGACGCGCAGGCGCAGGGUGGAGAUCGCGCACACGCUGUGCCUGUCAGAGCGCCAGAUCAAAAUCUGGUUCCAGAACCGAAGGAUGAAAUGGAAGAAAGACCACAAGCUGCCCAACACCAAGGUCCGCUCCGGGACAAACAGCAACACAAACUCCCAGGCUCUAACCGGCUCCCAGACCCGCAGCGGGCCCCUAUAG